GGACAAUGCCUACCAGCUUUGCAUUUAAUGCAAAACCCAGUUUCAACUCCAGUAAGAAAUCUACCUAUUCAAAAUCCCACUGAAAACCUAACCCCAGCACAAAAUCCAAUACCAACUUCUGAAGGUAAUCUCAUAUUAUUCGAUGAAAACUCACCAACACUUCACCUGAGAGUAUCAAGUGUGCCAGCUGUCAACCCUGGAAUAGGAUCUAGUUUAGCUAAUAAAACUAUCUUAAUUCAUAAAAAUAUAACAAAUGGGUUUGAAUUUUAUGAUGAAAAAAGAAAAUGGUAUGGUGUUAAAGAAGAUUUUUAUGCAUUAUCUAAUAAGUACUAUUUUAUUAAAACAGAUCUAAAAGAAACAACUAUAGAAACCUAUGAAAGAAUUAUCAAAGAAUCAAAAACUAUUGCAGAAAAAACAAAUGAUCAAGUCGAUAUAGAAACUACUUUAGCACUUAAAAAAAGUGAAAAAGUAGAUGAAAAAGAAAAUGCUUGGUUAAAUUUAGCAACAACAGGUGCUUUA